AUAAACUUUGUAAUAUCAUAAAUUAUUACAGUUUUGCAUUCAAAUCAGCUGCUAAACUUUCAUGGUGGAUGUUGUAAGGGCACCGUACCCUUACAGAUGUAUUCUUAUGAAUAUAUAAUGAGAAAAAAUUUAGAAGUUUUCAGGGGGCUAAGAGUAAAAUAUCCGACACUAUUAUAUAAUGCUCUCACCUUUCUUCUUCUCCAGAUCUCUUCGAGCUCUAUUUUGCAGAAAACCCCCUGAUAAAACUUGAAAUGGCAAACGCUUGGAAGAGAGAUCGAAGCACGCCAUUGUUGUCAUGGAGAACACUGCUUCUCAUCCCUCUCGUCAUCUCCGUCUACUUCCUCUUCGCCUUCUCCUCCUCCUCCUCUUCUGCAUGCAAACCCUAACCCCAUCUCCAUUCCCAAAACCUUCACUUUUGCUUCAUCGUCUCCGAUCCGUCCCUUCAACUGAUCGCAAUGCCCGCAGGCCACCCCCUUCUUCACCAGUUGCCCAACCAUUCCUCCACUUCCUCGCCGACCUCGGAACCGUCCCCGAUAAGCCUCACAAGAAAAUCGCCCGCAUGCUCAAGGGCAAGACCUUCCGCCGCCCGGACAUCUCCGUCACCAUCCAAGACUACCUUGCGUCCAAGGGAGCUGCAGUUGGUGACGGGAUCGUUGUCGAUGUGGGGGCCAAUGUAGGCAUGGCGACUUUCGCCGCCACCGCCGCCAUGGGGUUCCAUGUGGUGGCAUUUGAGCCGGUGUUGGAGAAUCUUCAGAGGCUCUGCGAUGGACUGUUCUUGAAUCGAGCUUGGGAUCGGGUUUCUCUGUUCGCGGCCGCAGCUUCCGAUCGGAUCGGGAAUAUCACUUUCCACAAGGUAUUCUUUGCUUUUAAAAAAAAACGAUUUUUUUUUGGAAACCUACGAGUAUUCGAGACUUGAAUUGAAGUUCAUUUAUUCAACUAGAGUUUGUUUCUUUGAUUUAAUUCUUGAUGUGGAGGGUAUUUAUUGAUGCAAUGGAUCUCGAAGUGAGUGCUCAUUGAUUGGAUGGCAAUGGGGCUAUUCCUUUGAGCUUGUGGAAUUGGAAAGUUUACUGUAUGAAUAUGUACCCAUAAAAUGGGGGAGA